AUGCCUUCAAUCAGCUCGCCUCUCUCGCCUCGGACUCAGCCUCUCGACAUCCCUUCACAGGCUCGACGCCGACCGGCCUUGAGUGCACGCCAAUCUACCAACACUGGGCCUGCCGCACACCUGAGGCUUCCAUCACUGCCACGCUUCCACCCUGCCAACUUUGCCUCAUCCCAAAACUCCAGCCAGGCAGCAACGCCAGUCACUGGUCCUAACAGCCCUCAGGCUCCUGUCUCACCUCGACCAGGCAACAACAGACAGUAUGAAGUCCAGAAGCAGAUGUAUCUCUACCAGCAACAGCUCCUCGCCAACACAAACCGGCAAGUUCGAGGUCCUAACGCAAAACCGACGAGCCCUCGACUCGCACCUUUGGCAAGUCCUGGCGCUGUCACUCCUCUGGAGCUUGAAGAGGCCGCUGGCGGCUACCUCACCGCUGGUGUCAAUCCCAGCGAUGCAGCUAUGCAUGUCGAGAAGUUGAUUCGCGACGAAGCCAGGCGACGUGGGGAUUACUCUCCUGGACGGACCACAUCAGUCGGUGGCAGUUGA